GCAGUGUGACGCAUGAACUGCGACUCCCGACUUUCUUUUAUAUCUGGACGCCAACAACCAUUGACGCCCGGCUAAUCUAUCUAUCCUUCUAUACAUUGCAUACGAUCGUUCUUGAGCACCAUGACGACAUUGAUACCCCGGAAACCGUACACGGAAGACGAGCUCGCGCGGCUUUAUCCCCAGGAGCUCGAGCUACAACUUGUGCAGAUUCUACUUCGACAUGGCGAGCGAAGCCCUGUGUCACCUCGUUUUCAGAAUGCAGGCCUUCGACCUUACUGGCCAUAUUGUAAUUCAGCAAGACAGAUCACAAGCGUGGUUAUGGCAACUACGGACUGGGCAAAAUGGGACCAACUGAAAUACCGACGUCGACUCGAAACAUUUGGCAUGGAUGACGGACCUGUAAUCGCAUCGGGGCCAAACGGAGAAUUCGACGCUAUUUGCCAACCCGGCGAGCUCACAGACAAAGGCCGAGAAACAACCCUCGCCCUCGGCCAGCGCCUCCGCCAUCUCUACGUCGACCAGCUGCGCUUCAUGCCGCGCCUCAUCGCCGACAGCGACAUGAUCUACCUCCGAGCCACCCCACUCCCCCGCGCUCUAGAGUCCGUCCAGCAAGCAUUCUGGGGACUCUACCCGCCCAGCGCGCGGACCGCUGAUUUCCCAACCCCAACCAUCAUCACCAGGACGCCGGCGGACGAGACGCUGUAUCCCAAUGACGGCAACUGCAGGCGCUUCGCACACAUCAGCCGUGCAUUCGCCCAGCGCGCUGCUGAGCGCUGGAACGACACCGAGGAUAUGCAGUACCUCAGUAAGCUCUUCUCCAAAUGGAUGCCAGGCAAUGGUAAAGUGGCUGUCGACGCUCACCCCAGGCUAUCCGGGAUCAUGGACACGAUCAACAGCACCGACGCGCACGGCGCAGAAACCAAACUCCCAAAAGAAUUCUACGACCCGAAGGCGCGCGCCAUCAUCGACAAAAUUGGCGUGGAAGAAUGGUACGCCGGCUACGCCGAAUCAUCCGAGUACCGCAUGCUCGGCAUCGGCGCGCUAAUGGGCGACAUCUCCGCGCGAAUAAUCGGCAGCGUAGAGCGCAACGGCAACGACGGGCUCAUCGAGAUCGGCGGCGACGACGGCGACCUGGGCCACGGCCGCGGCGGCGAGACAGACAUAAAGUUCGCGCUCUCCGGCUGCCACGACACCACGCUCGCCGCCAUCCUGACCAGCCUGGGCGCCUUCGACGGCGAGACCUGGCCCCCGUUCACCAGCCACAUCGCUGUCGAGCUGUUCCGCAGGAAAGCCUGGACGGCGCCCUCGACCGCGGCGUCGCGGACCUCCGCGUCCGACGAGCAGUGGAAGAAGCAAAACGACGCGAAGGCGCAGAGCUGGUGGCAGGCGCUCUUCUCUGGCAGCGCGAAGAACGCCGUCGAAAGAAGCCCGCCGGGGGCCGAAGGCAUCGCGCGCAAGUCGCUGACCCAGCUUACGGACAAGCAGCGGCAGCAGCUGAAGGAGUACUACGUGCGCAUCCGGUACAACGACAAGGUUAUGCAGGUGCCGGGCUGCAAGGCGGCGGGCAAGCAUUUGGACGGCGAUACGACGUUCUGCACGCUGGAAGCGUUCAAGGCGAUUGUGGACAAGUACGUCCCGAAGAACUGGAAGCACGCGUGUGCUUCGAAUGUGGAUGCGCCGUCGUUUCCGGAGAAGCCGGAGCCAGCGGGGUAUGAGUAGGAUGGGAGAAUGGAGUGGCUGGAGUACAUACGGGUUUUAAAGUACAUAGCAAAUAGGUCAAAUGGCGCAUGUUGAUGGUUACAACGAUACUUAGCUUAGCGUGGCGUUGCGCAGUCUUCCUAGAGUCUAUCAAUAUUAUAAUCCCUCAGCUGCCCAGGUG